CGGGCCGGGCGGUGCAGGCGGGAGGGGCGCGGGCACCCACCCCCGCAGGGCCGCGCGCCACGCCCCCGGGGUCCGGAAGGCGCGGGGGCCGGCGCGGGGCUCUGAGAACUUGGAGCCUGGCGGCGCGAGGUUCUCGCCGGGGAUGCGGCGGCAGCUGCUUCCUGGUUCGAAGCUCGCCGAGGGGCGGAGAGCGUGAGCCCGCGGAGGCGGGGGCAGGAGGAGAGGCGGGAGGAGGCGGGGGAAGAGACGCUCGGGGCUGGAGCUAGCCGGACGGGUCGCUCCGGCUCUCGGGGAGAGGAGCUACCUGGCCCUGGAGAAGGGGCGAGACCCGCGCGAGCCCCCGGGAGGCGCCGCGCGCCCCAAAGGGACCACCCGGCUUCACCGGCCCGCAGAGGGCUCGGCGCCGGGCUCCCCUCCUUUCCACCUCGGGAGGAAGGGAAGGAGGGGAGGGGAAGGUCCCACAGAGGAGGCAGAAUGGCCGGUCGAGGGGGGCUCGGGCGCUGCUUUUCCCCAGAGCUGCCUCGACUCCUCCCGCUGCCGCGAGGGCUGGCCUGAGCCGGGACUCCCCGCUCUCCCGCGGCGAGGCAGCGCGGCCCCCCGGGGCCGGGGCAGCGGCGCCGGCAUGUCGUCCGGCACUAUGAAGUUCAAUGGCUAUUUGAGGGUCCGCAUCGGCGAGGCCGUGGGGCUGCAGCCCACGCGCUGGUCCCUGCGCCACUCGCUCUUCAAGAAGGGCCACCAGCUGCUGGACCCCUACCUGACGGUGAGCGUGGACCAGGUGCGCGUGGGCCAGACUAGCACCAAGCAGAAGACCAACAAACCCACGUACAAUGAGGAGUUCUGCGCUAACGUCACCGACGGCGGCCACCUCGAGCUGGCCGUUUUCCACGAGACGCCCCUGGGCUACGACCACUUCGUGGCGAACUGCACCCUGCAAUUCCAGGAGCUGCUGCGCACAGCCGGCGCCUCGGACACCUUCGAGGGCUGGGUGGAUCUGGAGCCAGAAGGGAAAGUAUUUGUGGUAAUAACCCUAACAGGGAGUUUCACUGAAGCUACUCUCCAGAGAGACCGAAUCUUCAAACAUUUUACCAGGAAGCGCCAAAGGGCUAUGCGAAGGCGAGUCCACCAGAUCAACGGACACAAGUUCAUGGCCACAUACCUGAGGCAGCCCACCUACUGCUCUCACUGCAGAGAGUUCAUCUGGGGAGUAUUCGGGAAGCAGGGUUAUCAAUGCCAAGUGUGCACCUGUGUCGUCCAUAAACGUUGCCAUCAUCUAAUUGUUACAGCCUGUACUUGCCAAAACAAUAUUAACAAAGUGGAUUCAAAGGUUGCCGAACAGAGGUUCGGAAUCAACAUCCCACACAAAUUCAGCAUCCACAACUACAAAGUGCCAACGUUCUGCGACCACUGUGGCUCGCUGCUCUGGGGGAUAAUGAGACAAGGACUUCAGUGUAAAAUAUGUAAAAUGAAUGUACACAUUCGGUGUCAAGCAAACGUGGCCCCUAACUGUGGGGUAAAUGCAGUGGAGCUAGCCAAGACCCUGGCAGGGAUGGGUCUCCAACCCGGAAACAUUUCUCCAACCUCGAAACUCGUUUCCAGAUCGACCCUAAGGCGACAGGGAAAGGAGAGCUGCAAAGAAGGAAAUGGGAUCGGGGUGAAUUCUUCCAGCCGCCUUGGUAUUGACAACUUCGAGUUCAUCCGAGUGCUGGGGAAGGGGAGUUUUGGGAAGGUGAUGCUUGCAAGAAUAAAAGAAACGGGAGACCUCUAUGCCGUGAAGAUUCUAAAGAAGGACGUGAUCCUGCAGGAUGACGAUGUGGAAUGUACAAUGACGGAGAAAAGGAUCCUGUCUCUGGCCCGCAAUCACCCCUUCCUCACCCAGUUGUUCUGCUGCUUUCAGACCCCUGAUCGCCUGUUUUUUGUGAUGGAGUUUGUGAAUGGAGGCGACUUGAUGUUCCACAUCCAGAAGUCCCGUCGUUUUGAUGAAGCGCGAGCUCGUUUCUACGCUGCAGAAAUCAUUUCAGCGCUCAUGUUCCUCCACGAGAAAGGAAUCAUCUAUAGAGAUCUGAAACUGGACAAUGUCCUGUUGGACCAUGAGGGUCACUGUAAACUGGCGGACUUCGGAAUGUGCAAGGAGGGGAUUUGUAAUGGAGUCACCACGGCCACGUUCUGUGGCACGCCUGACUAUAUUGCUCCAGAGAUCCUCCAGGAGAUGCUGUACGGGCCUGCAGUCGAUUGGUGGGCGAUGGGCGUGUUGCUCUAUGAGAUGCUCUGCGGCCACGCGCCCUUUGAGGCGGAGAAUGAAGAUGACCUCUUUGAGGCCAUACUGAAUGAUGAAGUGGUCUACCCGACCUGGCUCCAUGAAGAUGCCACAGGGAUCCUAAAAUCUUUCAUGACCAAGAACCCCACCAUGCGCUUGGGCAGCCUGACCCAGGGAGGUGAACAUGCUAUCUUGAGACAUCCUUUCUUUAAGGAAAUCGACUGGGCCCAGCUGAACCACCGCCAACUAGAGCCACCUUUCAGACCCAGAAUCAAAUCCCGAGAAGAUGUCAGUAAUUUUGACCCCGACUUCAUAAAGGAGGAGCCAGUUUUAACUCCAAUUGAUGAGGGACAUCUUCCUAUGAUUAACCAGGAUGAGUUUAGAAACUUUUCCUAUGUGUCUCCAGAAUUGCAACCAUAGCCUCAUGGGGAAUGAGAGAGAUGGCAGGAGACUCAAAAGGAAAUAGAGGUUUUUUUUCAGGAAUUUCCUUUGUGGGAACUCCCCAACAUCAGCCUUAGAACAAGAGCCUUACCUCUAAGGAGCAAGUGGAGAACUCUGUGAAGGACGGAAUUUCAAGAGAUCAACUAUUUCAAAGGGAUCCAUGGUUUUGGAAAUAGUUGAUACUGAAAUGACAUUUUAUGAGGAAUUGUACUGCUCACCCUAUGUGUUUGUGUGGCUAUGUCAGGAUUUGGAUAUGAAGAGGAGCCAAAACGAGUGAAGGCAUGAAGAAUAAACUAGAUCCUGGAAAUUCUGAGCCAAGCAGGCUUUUUACUUCGAGAGACAGAUCAAGACUUUCUAUGGACCGCGCUGUGCUCUUCUUUAAGCCAAUGAACCCCUAAUACUGGCCGUCUCUAAGAAGCCUCUCAAUGCCAAUGAAGAAUUUAAAGGUCUAUUAAAGGAAAUAAGUGGCUUUCCAAAUAGAUGAUUUAUGCUGAAGAAACAAAAGAAAAUGGUAUUCCUAAAACUCACAACUUAAAGCCCAACCUUGAAAACAGAUGUUGGGCACCAAGACAACUGCCACAGCUUCUUCUGUUAUCCUUACUUUCUUUAAUAGAUAUUUAUUGAGUUUCCAGGAAAAAGGGGCCACGAAACCCAGUAUUGUAGACAAUAGAUUUACAUUCAUGAAGCUUUCAUUCAUUCCGGAGUCUACCAAUUGACCUGAAUAGUGUUUGCAUUCUGUGAAAUGCCUCUCCACAUUGCAUAUGUCACAUUUCUUUGUCUGCACAUAACUCUUUUUUCAUAGAAAGGUCGCUGCCACAACAGCACAGUCAGCAGGUGAGCUGCAGGUGCUUGCUGCCUGCCGACCCUGGGGAUCCGAUUGUGUUGCUAUCGCUCUGGGCUCAUCAGUGAAGAACUGUAGGCCACGCGUGUCAGGGACCACAUUUAUCGCUUACACAUUAGCAGUUUAUUUAAGUUAUGUUUUAAGAGACAAAGAUGUUUGAUACACACUUUAAUAAUGAGAAAUGGAUCUUGUACACAGGAUAUAUAUCAAUGGCAGACCUUAUAUGUCCCUGUAAAUGGAGCUGGAGAAUUUUGUCUGGGUGGAAAUAAACGCUUUUUGUAGCAAAAGAAAAUUUUUUGUCUAGAAGGAUUUGUUCCGUCCCCACUUGAGAGUAGAUUUCCAGUCAAAAUAAAAGCUCUGAGCAGAAUGGACAGAACCCUUGGCCUAAAGCAAAUUCCUGAUUGGAGAGGUUGACAUAAGCCUCUGUGAUUCCCUGAAAUGGAUGUGGCCUCUUGCUAACCAAAACUUCUGUUCGGAAUCAGGGUGGUGACUGCCAAGCAAAGCUGUGACAGAUCAACCCUUGAAAUCUGUGUUUAUUUCUCAUUCAGAUAAUAUAGAGUAUGAAUUCAGCAGUCCUCCUCUAUCUUAUAACUAUGCCAUCUGCAAAAUGUAGCCUCCUACGGUUUCUGGAACAAGAGAAGAGCGAGAUGGGGGAGGUGCUUACUGCGUGACUACCUCUCCUGAGAGAGACACGAAUCGCUGCUUCUCACAUUCACCAAAACGUGGCUUUCCUCUGACUACAGAUGGGAUGAGGGAAUUGCAGAGCAGCUGAGGAGAAUCUGGCUAGUACUGACAAUCUCUUCUCUGUCCUAGAUUGUUUCUUUGCAUUCCAAGGUAAAAAAGAAAAAUUACUUUUGAAUGAAUAGAGAAACUAGGAGCUUCCCUUUAAAUGCAUGUAGCACUUAGUUCACGGGUACUCUCACCUAUGGAAUUUCACUGCAUGUUCAUGACAUCCUUUUGAGAUAGGCAGGUCAUUCCCCCGCUGUUUCCACUAUUGACAGUGUGACUACUGAGGCAUAUUUUACAAAUGAGAAGAAAAGAGAGUCUUGGAGAAGCUGAGUUGUUUGGUUUGGCCAUAUGUUUCAAACUUGGUCCAGAGUGGAUCCAGGUCUAGAGUCGAAAUCUUGAUGUUCUCAUCCAACAGGCUUCUGGAAAAGGGAGGGAUCAUUUUGACUUUGGGACUUUCUUGCAGCUCCAGCUUCUAUUGCUCUGUGGGGUUGAUUAGCUUCUUGGUAUAGUUUACUCAUGGUAAAGAACCAUGAAGAAUAAAGUGUGCCUCCUGUUUUAUUAACCAAAUUCAUCAGUCAUGCAAAGGGUCCAAAACAUUCUCUUUGAUGAAUCUGUGGAAUCAUCCACUUAGCAGCUUCCCUCCCUCUUCACAAUCUUUUCUUAAGCCCACUACCUGGGCCCCCCAGUUUGGGUUAAGUCCAUUCUUUUGAGAUCAUUCCAGACCUGUCAGACAGAUUAUUAUCCAACAGCUAAUGAUUCUGCUACAGUAGGAUUUCUGGAACUUCCUCAUCCUACCUUUAUGUGUGAGGGGAGAGGGAAUGUCCAAGAUACUUACCUAAAACUCUAAGAGUCUCCAAUUCCUACUUAGACUUCUACAUCGCGUCUUUCUUCAGUUCUUGUAGACCUUGCAUCCCCUUCCAAGAGAUCACAAGGCUACCUUGCCCAGGCUUCCUAGAAUGAGCAGUAGGCCACUCAGUCAGCAGAAGCUGAGUCCGCUGGGGCUGGCAGGUUCCAGGAGCUCGGUGGGCAGCAUGAAGGUCACACCAGGACGGUCGCACCUCCACAGUCUCAGGAUCAUCUUGCCUCUCAGGUGAGGAGUCUAGAGCCAUCCUCAGGCCUUAUCAUCCCACUCCCCAUCCCAGCCAGUCCUCACCCCACACCCAUGGGUCCCCACUGUCCCAGCUGUCCCACACAAAUCUAACUAAAUUAGACUCGUGAGCUUGAGUAUUUGAAAAGAGAGUGACUUCAAGCAUUUGCUUUGAGAUGUGGAUCAGCCUUUGACCGCGAAAGAUGUUUUCACUUAAUGCUUAACAUCUAUGGCGUGUUUCUUUUAUGUGAGGCCUUAUUCCAAAUACCUUAGAUGUAUAUACUUAUUCAUUACCCCACGAGUACUCUUGUCUUUGUACAGACGGGGGAAAA